AGCUCGUCCACACCUCUCGACCUCCCCCUCUCCCGUCUUCAUCUCCGCUCGCUGCCGUUCAACCCGGCCAGCCUCGCGACGACCGACUCUCCUUUCUCUCGCCUAGAAGAACAUCCGCGAUCCGCCUCGCCACCAUGAGCUUCCACGCCGCUCCCGCUGCCGGUCAGAGGAAGUGGACUAUCCGCGUCCCGGCCUCGUCCGCCAACAUCGGCCCGGGCUUUGACGUCCUCGGCCUCGCCCUGUCGCGCCACCUCACCCUCCGCGUCUCGCUCCAGCCCUCGUCCGACGCCGACAGCAAGGUCGUCCUGUCGUACACCGGCGAGGGCGCCAACGACGCACCGCUCGACCCGUACAAGAACCUCAUCACGCGCGUCGCGCUCUACGUCCUCCUGUCGCACCGCCUCACGUUCCCCUCGGCCGUCGUCUCGGUCGAGAUCGACAACCAGGUCCCGUUCGGCCGCGGCAUGGGCUCGUCGGCAGCUGCCGUCGUAGCCGGCGUCCUCCUCGGCGACGCCCUCGGCGACCUCAAGCUGUCGCAGGAUCGCGUCAAGGACUACGCCCUCAUGGUCGAGCGCCACCCGGACAACGUGACGGCGGCCCUGUGCGGCGGCUUCACGGGCUCGUUCCUGCGCAUGCUCGAGCCGUCCGAGCUCUCGCCGCACGCCAUCCCGCUCGCCGAGGUCCUGCCCGCCUACCCGGCCAACGCCGGCCCGCCCGUGCCCGGCGACGAGCUCCCGCCGCAGCCGCCCAAGAACGUCGGCCGCCACGUGCGCUACGGCUUCAGCAAGGAGAUUGGCGUCGUCGUCGUCGUGCCCAAGUUCGAGGUCGAGACGGCAAAGGCGAGGGGUGCGCUGCCGGACAGCUACCCGCGACAAGACGUUGUGUUCAACCUCCAGCGUCUCGCCGUCCUGACGGCGUCGCUCUCGACCUCGCCGCUCGACCCGGCCGUCAUCUGGGAGGCCAUGCGCGACAAGGUCCACCAGCCGCAGCGCGAGGGUCUCAUCCCGGGCCUGAGCAAGAUCGUCAACACGAUGACGCCGUCGACGCACCCUGGCCUCCUCGGCAUCUGCCUCUCUGGCGCGGGCCCGACCAUCCUCGCGCUCGUGUCGAACGAGGGCGCGCCGCGUGUCGAGCGAGGGCAGGCGACGCCGCAGAUGGAGGCGGUCGGCGAGGCCAUCAAGGCGCUCUGGCGCGAGGACGGCAUCGAGGUCGAGUGGCUCGCGCUCGAGGUCGACGACGAGGGCGCGACGCUCGAGGAGCACAAGGCGUGACGGGCCGUAACUGGCUCUCUCUUUCUCUCUCCAUAGACGCAGCCUGCACCGGUAACCAGUGCCUGCAUGCAUCAUGCGCGCGCGCGA